AACUGCUUACGCCGGCGGGCGCGAGCGAGUUCUGGUUUGUGGCGGGCGCUUUCAGGUCGUGAGGUCGGGCCCUAACUCUGCUGCCCGGCGGCUCCGGGAGAAGCAGCAUGACGUCCGCCCUGGAGAACUACAUCAACCGAACUGUUGCUGUUAUUACUUCUGAUGGGAGAAUGAUUGUGGGAACACUGAAAGGCUUUGACCAGACCAUUAACUUGAUUUUGGAUGAAAGCCAUGAACGAGUAUUCAGCUCUUCACAGGGGGUAGAACAAGUGGUACUCGGAUUAUACAUUGUAAGAGGUGACAAUGUUGCAGUCAUUGGAGAAAUUGAUGAAGAAACAGAUUCUGCACUUGACUUGGGCAAUAUCCGAGCAGAACCUCUAAACUCCGUAGCACACUGAAGAAAAAUUAACAUAUAUUAGACAUCUGUAAAUCUUGUACAGAAACAUAUUACUCUGAAUAUGAUGUUUGGAAUUUUUAUGCAUAUGUAAUUGUGAAUUUUGACUUCAUGUUGGUACAUUGUAAUAAGUAAAUUAAAAUAUUUCUACAUUUUUAUUGAAAAAAUGUUCUCCUUAAAUAAAUUUUGUCAUUUGGUUUUA